GAAGAAUUAAUCUAUAUCAAUGAGAGUUUUAGAGGGUGUAAUUAUUACAACCUAUACCAUGGGUAAGAAUAAAAAACAUCGCUUGAGAAAGAGUAAGGAGAAUGAAGGUGGUUCCGAUACAUCUGAUGAGGGAGCUGCAGCUCCUGUAGGAUGUACACACAUCAAUAAAUCAGUCAAUUUUGCUGCAAUGAGAAAAGUUAUUUUGAAAAGUAAUUUUGGAGAAUGUGUUGCAUGUAAUAAAGAUAAUAAAAGUAGUAAUAAAGAGAGUAGUAUAGGAGCUACUGCUGUAACAACUGAGACAGAGGAUAUCAUAGAUCAUGAAACUACCAUUUGGGUCUGUCUUCAAUGUGGAAACCAGGGCUGUGAUCGUAAUUCUAAAGAUAAACAUGCUUUAAAACAUUAUGAAACACCACAUUCUCAAUGUCAUUGUAUAACUGUUAAUUUAACAACAUGGGCAUGCUGGUGUUAUACCUGUGAUGAUGAUGUUGCUGUAGAAAAUUCUAAAAGGAUACAGGAGUGUGUAGAAUUUUUACGUAAACAAUCUGGUCUUCCUAGAUCUGAUCAAACUUCAUCAGCAAGGAGACCAUUGUCAGUUUUAAAUACCUCACAACCAAAAGUGGAGCCAAGUUCAGAGAGCACAAAAGAAAAAUCCCGUACUGUGAUCCCCAAAGCUAGCUCAUCUGUUGUUUGCCUUAAAGUAAAGGGUUUAUGUAACCUAGGUAACACAUGUUUCUUUAAUGCUGUGAUGCAGAAUUUAAGUCAGUCCCAUAGUUUAGAAUCAUUAUUAGUAGAGAAGACAGAUAAAGGUAAAUGUAUAAGAUUACCAGGUCAUACUAUAAUAGAUGUUGAAAGUAGUGGUUCUAGUGAAGAAGAUGAAGAUGAUAUUACUAAUAAAGAACUGGCAAAUAUAGAUAUAGUACCUGGUGAAGCUGGACCAUUAACACAAUCUUUGUUAAGUUUUCUACAAGAUAUGAAUAAAACUGGUAGUAAGAGUAGUAGUAAUAAUAUUGUUAAUCCAUCACCUUUAUUUGGUCAAAUAUGUAAGAAAGCACCAAGAUUUAAAGGUUUUCAGCAACAAGAUAGUCAUGAAUUAUUAAGAUAUUUAUUAGAUGUUAUUAGAACUGAAGAAAUUAAGAGAUGUCAGGCUGGUAUAUUAAAGAAAUUCAAUGUCAAUUCCAAGACAGUAGAUGAUGAAACUAAAAUCAAAGUAAAAGAAUAUGGUCGUCAAGUUAAACAUACCUUUAUAGACAGUUUAUUUGGAGGACAGUUAGUUAGUACUGUCAUGUGUGAAGAAUGUAAACAUAUUUCUCAAAUAUUUGAACCAUUUCUAGAUCUAUCUUUACCAGUGACAGAGGAAAAGCCAAGUAGACCAAAUUCUAUGAUUGGAACUAAGAAGAAAUCUAUGGAUGAAGUUGAUGAUUCCCACACUAAGGCUGUUGAUGGAUUUGCUGCUAAAGAUAAACCUACUAAACAACCUUCUAGAAAGGAGAAGAGAAUGUCUAAAAAAGAACAGAGAAGAAAAGAAAAAAUAGCGAGAAAGGGUAAUAAACAAGAAGAUCCAAUUGAAAAUGAUAUAGUUAAAGAUGCCAACCCAGAGGAAGGGAAAGGAUCAGAUGAUGGACCUAUAUCUGAUGGUAGAAUAUCAGAAUCAGCUGAUAAUAUUGAGAAAGAAGAAAAAGAAGAUGACCAUGAAAAUUCUGAUGCAGACAUCGAAGAUAAUCUAGAGAGUGAUGCUUCCAAAUUAUUUGGUGGAGCUACAGCCAAUGUUAGUUUACUAGGACAAGAUAAUAUAAACCCUAGUGAUAAUAUAACAGAUCCAUCAUUAGGCAGUUCUAACAAUUUAAUAGCUUUAAAUAAGACUAAUCCUGAAUUACAAAAUGGUGUAACAGUGACAGAAAGUUUACAAUUUCUACCUAUAGUGAGAACUGAUAAUAAUAAUGAUAGUAGUAUUGAUGCUGAUAGUAGUUCAGUAACUUUAGUAGAUAAUGAAAGUUCUACAUUAUUUACUAGUACUGAAAGUUCUUUAACACCUAGUACUACUGGAAGUUCAUAUAAAACUAAGAGUACCGAUAGUUCUAGAUCUAGUACAUGUGAUAUCAAGGAUACUGUGGAUGGGAACUGUCUACGACGGGGAUUAUCUGAAUCAUUAAAUGAAUUACAUUUAGAAGAUUCUCGAACUAGAUUAGGUGCUACAGGUAAUGAUAUUGUGCAGGAUUUAACCAAGAAAUUAAACUAUUUAAAUCUGGAUAUGUGCCAUUAUCCAACUAGUACUGAUGAUAUUCCUUAUAUUGAUGCUGAAGAGUCACCAGAAGGUACCAAGCCAUCCAGUUUACCAAUAAUUAAUCAAGAAGAAGAUACUCCUGUAUCAGUGGAUUGUAAUGGUCUUUCAAGAAGAAAUUCAACACAUAAAAAAGCUCGACAAGCCUUACGUAGGGAAGCUGAAUACAAGUCUAUGUCAACACUAUCAGCACGAUACCAUUCUGUGGGUAAAGAAUGUUCUAUAUCAUCUUGUUUACAUCAGUUUACUUCAGCUGAAUUAUUAACUGGUAGUAAUAAAGUUACUUGUGAUAAUUGUACCAGGAUUAAGAUGAAAAAAUUACCAAAUAAAGAUAAAAAGAAGAGUGAUAGUGUGUGUUCUAAUGCUAAUAAACAAUAUCUGAUAUUCCAACCACCUGCUGUAUUAACUUUACAUUUAAAACGAUUUGAACAGAUUGGAUUUGCUUCUAGAAAAGUGAAUAGACAUGUUGAUUUUCCAUUAUUAUUAGAUUUAGCACCAUAUUGUAGUUCUCUAUGUCAGGGUAUUGAACCAGGUCAAAAGAAAAUCCUCUAUUCUCUGUAUGGUGUGGUAGAACACAGUGGACGUUUAUCAGGUGGUCAUUAUACAGCUUUUGUUAAAGUUAGACCUAAUAUGAACUCUGUAGUUAGUUUUAUAAAUCCUAACUUUACCUUUCCUAAAGAAUAUAUACACCGGUAUGUUGAGCGGUCAUUGAAUGGACCCAAGUCACCUGAUAUAGAUGUAAGUGAUAAAUUUGUAGAAAGUUUAGUACCGCCAGUUCAUACUGACUCGUAUUUACAUGCUCUAGUUCCUAUUGACUCGUAUUUACAUUCUCUAGUUCCUAUUGACUCGUAUUUACAUUCUCUAGUUCAUAUUGACUCUUAUUUACAUUCUCUAGUUCAUAUUAACUCGUAUUUACAUUCUCUAGUUCCUAUUGACUCGUAUUUACAUUCUCUAGUUCCUAUUGACUCUUAG